ACACACUAAUCGUUCAACGUCUUUAAUCAAGAGCCUGUAACAUUUUUUCACAGACUUGAUCACUUGAAACAGUACUAGUUAAAAGCACUAUGACAACUUCAAACAACAUCAGUAUCUUUGGGAUACACAGCGAUGCAGAGAGAUACACUUGGGCUGCGUACUGUCUCUUCGUUCUCCUGUCAUCCCUCAUUGGAGACACCCUCAUCCUCUAUGCAUCUACCCACAACGUAUUCAAACUUAAUAAGUUCAUAGUCAAAGUUAUCCAGCACAUCGCAGUAUGUGAUCUUGUGUAUGCAGUGACGGCAGUGUUUCCUGCAGCUACCUCGUUGAUCGCUAAUUCCUGGGUACUAGGGGAUGCUCUGUGUUAUGGUAGGGUCUAUACUAGCUACUACAUUUACACAGUAGGGAUGGCUCUUAUUGCUGUUCUGACAACCACCAAACUCCUGCUUCUUAAAUAUCCAGUUCGGUGUGCACAGUGGACUAAGAGGCUGGGACACAGAACAUGCAGCCUCAUUUAUAUAAUACCUCUCACUAUUCCGGCAGCCUUUCUUAUUGUGGAUAAAAAUGACAUUUCAUUUGAUUAUACAGCAUAUAACUGCCAACACAAAUACAAAGCAGACGUGUGGAGGAAGAUAAUGCCAAUUAUUGGUGUCAUCACUCUUUUUCUUCCAAAUAUUGUGAUUCUUGUCACAACAAUCCCCACCCUGAAGUACCUAGCAACCGCCUGGGAGUCCGCAAGACGUGUCCGAGGAAGUUUUCCUUUGCAGGGGACUUUAACUGUAGCGCUAACUGCUACUAUCUACUGCAUCGCAACUUUACCAGUGUUUGUUUUCUACAUUACCAAAGAAAAUCCUGAGCCAAGUCUAUCUCGAAUCCAAUUUCGCAGAAUAGCAAAUUUCAUGAGUAUGAUAAACAUAAUGUCUAAUUUUUACAUCUACUCUCUGACGAUCAAGAGUUUCAGAGACUUCCUCACUUCAAGGAUUUCCUCUAUUCUAUCAGCUUGUCUGCGAAUCAUGACAACUUCAGAUGAAGGCGACCAAGAAAGAAGAGGAGCAGACAGGAGCAUCACACAGAUAAACGAAACAUCGGUUUGAAUGGACACGAUAAACUCAGUGUAUCAUGUAAUGGAUAGCAAUAUUUUAUAUUUAAUUAACUUUGACUUAAUCAAGAUUAUCAAA